AUCGCAUCGCCUGUCAAUGUGUCACAUGUCAAUGACACGCACAAAAGUUAUUCCUUUGCGAAAACCCACUGCGCCUGUGUACAACUCUCUUAGCUCUUCAGCCAAAUCUUCAACUGCGCGAUGAACUACCAACACUACAGGGCCACCACGUUGGGCACUACGCUCCAGGAGACUUUGGAGGAGAUGAUUCAGAGCGGCGAUAUAACCUACGAGUUGGCCAAUGCGGUCCUGCAAAAGUACGACAAGAGCGUAACGAAUGCCUUGAGCAAACAGGUCACGAGCAAGAUCAACUUUACGGCCGGAACACUGCAGACCUAUAGGUUCUGCGACAAUGUGUGGACUCUGAUCCUCAAGGAUGUGGAGUUCCGCAAGGGGCAGGAGGUUCUGCAGGUCGAUGCGGUCAAAGUCGUCGCCUGCCUCGGAAAAAGCGAUUAAAGCGCACUGAAAGUUGCUGGCAACUAA